GCAGUCUCAGGCACACACAAUGACACAACACAAGCAGGGCACAGUCACAGUGUGAGCUGAGCUGAGCUGGGCUUGUGCUUGUGCUUCCGCCUCCUCCUCCGCGGCUACUAAAGGGUGCCAGCCAGCCAGCCCUGUGGGGCGCCGGUGCGUGCCCAAAACAAGCAAGCAUAAGCAUAGAGGUGGGCAUCAUAGACAUGGAGGAUGACGAGGACAUAUGGGCAAACACCGCCAGCAGCCCCAGCGCGUCCCCACCGCAGCCCGUGGCGGCGGGCUCGGUCUCCACCUGCAGCGCCUUCAUCUCCACGCAGCUGAGCCUCAACUCCCGCCUCCACCUCCUCUCCUCCGCCGCGGCCGGGGGCGGGUCCUCCCCGGUCCGCGGCGGCGCCUACGGCGCGGACGGUGUCCGCCACCACCACAUGGCUCUCGGCGGUGGCUUCCGCAAUGCCGCGGCGUCCCAGGGGUCCUUCUUUCCGUACAACCUCGCCGGCGCCGGCGCCGAUGUCGCGCCCUUCGACGGCGGCCGCGGCGUGCUCGAGGACGACAUGUCUGUCGGCGCCGCCGCGUCCGGCACCUGGGCUGGCGGGGGCACCGACCGGCGGAAGAAGCGCAUGAUCAAGAACCGCGAGUCCGCCGCGCGGUCCCGCGCGCGCAAGCAGGCGUACGUCCGCGAGCUGGAGACGAAGGUGCAGCUGCUGCAGCAGGAGAACGAGAGCCUCCGCGUCAAGUACGACGAGCUGCGGGAGUCCGUGGAGGUGGCGGUGCCGAUGGUGAGGAAGACCCUGCAGAGGAUGCCGUCCGCGCCGUUCUGAGGACAUUGACCGGAGAUGAGUCGAAGCAGGUGGUUGCUCGUUUUGUUUGUUUUUUGAGGAGGUGAUUAAGUAAGUGACUGAUUAGUGAGUGGCUGCUGCCUAGUGCUUGGUUACUAGUAGUGGUAGAACUCAGAACUACAUAGAUCCAGGAAGCAAGCAAGCAAAUCCUUCCUGCCAUGGCGGCCUCAAUGUACAUAGAUCCCAUGUUUUUAUUAAUUUCGUCUAGCUGGGGGGGCGUGCACCUGCCAUGGCGGCCUCCUUUAUUUAGCUUUAUAUAAGUAGGAUGUAGGAUGUCUACCAUAUGUGUGUAGCUUGGGAUUAGGCUGCAAGAAGAUAAGCCUGCUUGUACAAAUAUGGCUUCCUGGAACAAUGACAUUUUGGGGGCGCAACGCAAGAAAGAUGAAAGAACAAUCCAGGAAGCAGCAGGUGUUUUCUUCUUCUUCUUCUUUUGCCCCUUCCAUGAUAUUCGCGUGUCAAAGGCUCUCCUAAAGCGAGUAGUAGUCUUUUGG